GGGAGAAGUACUCGCAGACACGCGUCACCAGCUCCCCUCCUUCACAAGCCAAAAUGCUUUUUCCUGCUGCACUUUGUACCGCCAUAGAAGAUAGAGCCAUCCACUGCAUACCUACUCAAUAACUCAAUAUUAAUAUAAAAUUUAUUACAAAUACUCUCAAAUCCAAACACAACUCAAAACAAAUAGGAAAAAAACAAACUAAAUAAAAUAAAGCAACCCCUGUGCUUUGGGGACUGCAAGUGUGCAAGCUCGCUCGCAACUCUCAAAGCAAAGCUGUAUUUUGUUUAGCGCAAAAAGAAUUCCUUUCCUCUGUUCAUUACUCAUCACUUUCCCCCAAAACCCACAUGCUUUCCCAUCGUCAUAAUCAUAAUCACCACCACCGACAACACCUUCUCCCGCUGCAGCACCGCCAGCACAACCAGCAGAAGAGUUGUCUCCCACUCUUUCUUGUUCAGAUUUUGAUCAUUCUUGAAAAACUCGUUUCUUCUCCUCCCGUUCAAGAGUUGGUGUAAUCUUGAUUUUGAGUGACACAGGAAGCUAGCUAGCAACCGAAGAAGAUGAUCACACUAACAGACUUUUACCAUGUAAUGACUGCAAUGGUGCCACUGUACGUGGCCAUGAUCUUGGCUUAUGGGUCAGUGAAAUGGUGGAAGAUCUUCACCCCUGAUCAGUGCUCAGGAAUCAAUCGUUUUGUUGCUCUUUUUGCAGUCCCUCUUCUCUCUUUUCACUUCAUAUCUACUAAUAAUCCUUAUGCCAUGAACUUUCGUUUCAUUGCUGCUGAUACUCUUCAAAAGGUCAUAGUUCUUGUAAUCUUAGCACUCUGGACUAAGUUGAGCAAAAGGGGUUGCUUGGAAUGGACCAUUACACUGUUUUCACUUUCUACUCUUCCAAACACCCUUGUCAUGGGCAUUCCUUUGCUCAAAGGGAUGUAUGGUGAAUUUUCUGGCAGUUUAAUGGUGCAAAUAGUUGUCCUUCAAUGUAUCAUUUGGUACACUUUGAUGCUUUUCAUGUUUGAAUACAGAGGUGCUAAAAUGCUCAUCUCUGAGCAAUUCCCAGACACUGCUGGUUCCAUUGUUUCAAUCCAUGUCGAUUCUGAUAUCAUGUCUCUUGAUGGUAGGCAACCUCUUGAAACUGAAGCAGAGAUCAAAGAAGAUGGUAAGCUACAUGUAACUGUUAGAAAAUCCAAUGCUUCGAGAUCAGAUAUAUUCUCAAGAAGGUCUCAGGGACUAUCCUCCACAACCCCAAGGCCAUCAAAUCUAACCAAUGCGGAGAUUUACUCUUUACAGUCUUCAAGAAAUCCAACUCCAAGAGGCUCUAGUUUUAACCACACUGAUUUUUACUCCAUGAUGGCUGCUGGGAGGAACUCUAAUUUUGGUGCUUCAGAUGUCUAUGGCUUAUCAGCAUCUAGAGGACCUACACCCAGGUCAUCAAAUUAUGAAGAAGAUGCUGGUGGAUUGGGUAACAAGCCAAGGUUCCAUUACCAUGCAUCUGGUGGUGCAAACCAUUAUCCUGCACCUAAUCCAGGCAUGUUUUCGCCAACUGGGUCUAAGGGCGGUGUUGCUGCUAACAAUGCGGCUAUUACAAAAAAGCCUAAUGGCCAAGCUCAACAAAAAGCUGAAGACGGUGGUGGUAGGGAUCUUCAUAUGUUCGUUUGGAGCUCCAGUGCUUCUCCAGUUUCAGAUGUGUUUGGUAGCCAUGAUUAUGGUGCUCAUGACCAGAAAGAAGUUAGAGUGGCUGUGUCUCCAGGAAAAGUAGAGGUACACAGAGAAAAUCAUCAUCAUCAACAGGAGGAUUAUAUGGAAAGAGAAGAUUUCAGCUUUGGCAACAGAGGACUUGAAAGAGAAAUGAACAAUAAUCAUCAAGGUGAGAAAGUGGUGGGUGAUGGAGGAAAACCCAAAGCCAUGCCUCCAACAAGUGUGAUGACAAGGCUUAUACUCAUCAUGGUUUGGAGGAAACUGAUUAGAAAUCCCAACACCUACUCAAGCUUAAUUGGUCUCAUUUGGUCUCUAGUUUCAUUCAGGUGGCAUGUAGAAAUGCCGGCCAUUAUAGCAAAGUCCAUUUCCAUUCUGUCAGAUGCAGGGCUUGGCAUGGCCAUGUUCAGUCUUGGACUGUUCAUGGCUUUGCAACCGAGGAUCAUAGCAUGUGGAAAUUCCAUAGCAGCUUUUGCAAUGGCUGUGAGAUUCCUUACAGGUCCAGCUGUUAUGGCAGCUGCUUCUAUUGCUGUUGGCCUUAGAGGAACGCUCUUACACGUUGCCAUUGUCCAGGCGGCUCUACCACAAGGAAUUGUCCCCUUCGUCUUUGCCAAGGAAUACAACGUACACCCUGAUAUUCUCAGCACAGGUGUCAUAUUUGGGAUGCUAAUAGCAUUGCCUAUAACUCUUGUGUACUACAUUUUAUUGGGGUUGUGAAGUGCCAGUGACUCGUCAACAUUAGCAUGCACCAAUGGAAAGCCCAAUGGAGCUACAAGUGCAUAUCUAAACAUUGUUUCCAAGAGAUAGAGAGAGAGGUGGAUCUUUUUCUUGCAAAGUGUCUUCUUUUCCUAGUGAAAAAGUUGUAAAAUCAAUGUUUCUAGCAAAAAAAAAAAAAGGGGGGGGGGGGGGGGGGGUUUUCUAGUUAUUUUUUUUUUUAUUUUUUUUUUCUGCCUUGAAUAUUGUUCCAAGAUAUCAUUUGUGCUAGCCAUGCACUAGAAAAAGGAGGAAGAGAAAGUGAAUGCAUUUUUAAGUUUUUGUUCUUUGUUUUAUUGAAAUGCAAGAUCUAGGCGUUGAAUACAUUAUUCUUAUUUGAAAUUUUCUAUUCAAAUCCGACCAAACCCAUUAGCAAUUAA